UUCAGCCAAGUGGAAUAUGUCAUUUACCUUUUAGACAGUUAAUAGACUCAGUCUUGCCGUAAAAUCGUCUGGACUUUUGACUGUUUUCCCUAGGCUGUGUAGGUGGUGACGGUCGUUGCUGUGGAAGCAGGGCUGGGCGAUUGUAUGAGCUUUGCUGAGGUUGCGCCAACCAGCCUUUAGCGGCGCUGCUCUCGGGCUGGUCCAGAGCUGGUGGUGACAGUCUCAUCUCUCCCAUCGCACCGGAGAUACCACAGCAGCCGAGUCCCGUGGAUGGACAUGGGAGGAUUCGUCUUGAAAAGAGACAGUGAAUACCCGGAGUGAUCUCGACAGCAAGACGUGGAUGUUUUAAGAGAUUCGUUUGACACGUGUGGCAAAGCAUUUGUGUCAAAUUCAUGGUGACAUCAUUUGUUGCUUUUGUGGGAGAAGCGGCGGCAUCUGGAAUGUUGUAGGAUGCAAAGCGUGUUCUGGGCGGAGCAGUGAAGAUGAGUGUGACAUCAUGGUUCCUGGUGAGCAGCUCGGGCAUGCGGCACCGGUUGCCGCGGGAGAUGAUCUUCGUGGGCCGCGAGGACUGCGAGCUGAUGUUGCAGUCCCGCAGUGUAGACAAGCAGCAUGCGGUCAUCAACUACAACCCAGCCACAGAUGAACACCUGGUCAAGGAUCUGGGCAGUCUUAAUGGGACGUUUGUGAACGACCUACGAAUACCAGACCAGACCUACAUCACCCUGAAACUGUCUGAUGUUGUGCGCUUUGGAUAUGAUUCCCAUGUCUACGUCCUGGAGAGGAGUCAGCACAAAGUCCCGGAGGAAGCCCUCAAGCAUGAGAAGUAUACAAGCCAGCUUCAGAUGGGUUUGAAGGCUUCAGAAGGCAAGCGGCAGGAGAUUAUGGAGGACCGCUCCAAACUGGAGAGGUCCGAACGCAAGAGCCUCACAGAGCCUCCAGUGCCUCGGCCCACCCCCCUGUAUGGCCAGCCCUCCUGGUGGGGAGAGGAGGAUGCUGGACACAAGAAGCAGCACGGUGACGGCCGACGGCCAGAAGACAGCCACCCAGACAUACAGGUCUCUAUGCCUGGGGAAGGCAAGGUGAAUGGAGCCCUGUCAGACUACCGGGACCUCCAGGGCAAGUCGCUGUCCUUCCCUUAUCACCGGGAGCCCAGCUACUUUGAGAUCCCCACCAAGGAGUUCCAGACGAGUCCUACGCCGCCGGUGUUGACGCCGCCGGCACCGAGCGCGCACCACCACCACCACCACGGCAAGCCCUCGGCCCAGGAGCUCAACGAGAUCCCCACCAAAGACACGGACGCCCCGCCACCGCCGCCGCCCCCCACACCCACGCCGCCCGUCGUGCAGAGCCACGCGUCCUUCACCAUCGAGUUCGACGAGUGCGCGCCGGGCAAGAUCAAGAUCAAGGACCACGUGACCAAGUUCUCGUCCCGGCCACGCGGCAAGACGCACUCGGGCGCCAAGGGGCUGGCGCACACGCCCACGGAGGUGAUGUCGGCCGAGUGCAAGGUGGCCGAUUGGCUGGUGCACAGCGACGUGAGCAUGAUGCGGAGGCAGCCCACCUGCGAGGACGUUUACAGCACCAAGAGUGACCUCGCCAUGAACAUCAAGACACUCAGAGGUCAUCACCAUGACGACGGCACCCAGAGCGACUCUGAGGACCCCGUCCUCAAGGGGAAGAGGAGCAAGUCGCGCCAGUCCGUCCAGUCGCAGGAGUCCAUUCCGUCACACCUCUCAGUGCCCACCUCAGAGCCUCUGCCGCCCCAGCCGCCCGGUCAGCUGUCUCCACCCAAACUGGCCCCUCCGUCCCCAGUGGCCCCCCAAGACCUGGUGUGCCUGUCCCCACAGGAGGCCCCCUCGCCCCCGCAGGUGCGCCAGCCUCACGCUGACCCCCCCAGCCAGCAGGCCUUCGUCAUCGAGUUCUUCGACGACAACCCGCGCAAGAAGCGCUCGCAGUCCUUCACGGCCAACCCGGACUCGUACUCGGCCCUGCGUGCCAAGCUGGAGCGCCGCAAGGGCAGCGGGCACAGUGGCGAGCGUCCAGCCUCGGUGCACGGCCACCCGCCGCCCACGCAGCAGAUGACCGUCCCCCUGAAGGGCUCUGCCCACGGCCACCCCCACCCCCCCGGCCCGCAGCGCUCCAGCUCCCUCAAGCGGGAGAAGACCGAGGAGACGUCCAGUGGCGGCGGCCAUGGUGGCGGAGGAAGCCACUCGCCGUCGCCACCAGGGCCUGCCGCCUCCCGUCCAGCCCUCCGACAGUUUGGGAGCGCGGGCAGAAAGUCCAGGCUGGCCCAGGAGUUUGCGGCGGAGCUCCUGAAGGAGAGUCCUCCUCCUCCUCCCAUGUCGGCCCCCCCUGUGCUGACCGCGGCCCCCUCCCAAACCUUUCUGCCCUCUCCAGGUGACCUGAGUGGCCCGGGCUCAGUCUCUUACCCUUCCUCCCCCUCGCAGUGCACCACCACUUACCCCACCCGCCCCCCUGCUGCUCCCCAGUCCCCGCUCCCCACUUCCCCCUCCCCACCUGUCCCACAGGAAGUCCCCGUCCCAACUUCCUCUCUGCCGGCGGAGCCCUCUCAAAUGCCUCCCAGCAUCAGCAUGACGGAGAGCUUUAGCAUGAGCACGAGCGUUAGCAUCAGUAUUAGCGGCGUGGACCCACGGACGUCGCGUGCGAUGAGGACGGAGGAGGAGGACAGCUUGAGCGAUGCAGGGACCUACACCAUCGAGACGGAGUCCCAGGACAAGGAGGUGGAGGAGGCGCGAAGCAUGAUUGACCAGGUGUUUGGUGUGCUGGACUCACCUGAGUACAGUGGCCCCACUCUGUGCGUAACCCGUCCCGUGAUCGAGGAUGGCCGGGAAGAGCAUCCGGUCACUCACAGCCCUGCUGACCUGGCCUCUGCCACCAUCCAGGGCCUCAACAUCCCCAAACACAGCCCUGAUCCAGCGCAGACACAGCUCCAGGCAUCCCAGAGCAGUCCCAAAUGGAUGUCCCGCUGGGCGAGCUUAGCUGACAGCUACACAGAGCCUGGAGCCCCAGGUGGGAGCCCACAGAUGGAACCAGACAGAGAUGGAAGGAUGCCACACUCCACGAUGCUGAGCCAGAGUCUGGAUGUGUCGGAGACCGAGUGUAGCCAGGGAUCCCGCACCCGGCGUCUGCUGCCCCAAGUGCCCCUAGGGGACAAAUCAGAGAGUCCAGUCCCCUGCGUCCUCAUCCGCCACGACCCCUAUCUGGACUGCGAGCUUCCUGAACGAGGGUCGGGGACGCCCACUCAGCAGGACUCUGCCCAGAGGCUCUGCGUCCAGGACGAUGUUGACCCGGACAGCCUGAGUGACACCAGCCGCUCAGAGGACGGCUCUAUCCUGGAGAGGAAGAACCGGGGGAGGGGGGUGGCCGGCACGCUGUCCUCCCCAGGGGACAGUGCACCCUGGGGGAUCGUUCAGGAGCCGCCUGCACAGACACCCAAAUCCACCUCCUUCUACAUUGGGUCUGAUGAUGGGUCACAAGGUCGGCCAGAAGCGUCCAGGAGCCCGCUGUCAUCGCAGUCUGAGAGGGACCCGUCUCCCCGGACGCCCCCGACUACCGUCCUGAUCCGCCACCUGAGUGGACACGAGCCGCGGCGCAGCGUGAAGCCCAACUCCUCGGCACCCAACCUCCAGACCCACGACCGCGAUUCCGUUCCCACCAAGGACCCGGCGUCGGCCUCCGGGGCUUUCGUCCGGCAGGAGAGCUUCACCAAGGAGCGCACAAGCGACGACGUCCAGGUCAAGAGGCUGCCACACAUCUCCAGCCACCCCACCCUCAGGGACCUGGAGCGGGCGGAGGCUGGCCACGAGCCCCCGGCUUUCCUCCAGGAGGCCGAGCGGGCCUUCAGCUCCCCCGAGGACAAGCACUCGUCUCGGGACGGGAAGACAGGGGAGGACUCGAUGUCCGGGGAGUCGGACGUGGACACAGCCAGUACGGUCAGUAUGGUGAGCAGUAAGAACGCUCCAGUGACGGCCCCCAAGAAGCGGCUGGGGAGUUCCGGAACGCAGAAGGAGCGGUCUGGGCAGGACAAGGGACGGCAGCCCACGGCUCGGGAGCGCCUGUCGGAGAAGCGCCGGAGUCACACCACCACCACGAGCGACAGUGCGGCGAAAGCCGGGGCUGCACAACGCUUGCAGCUUCGCCGGAGUGCCGGGAACCGGGGCUCCCUGGACCUGUCCGAGGGUCAGCAGAACCACGGCCAGAACCACUGGGCGGAUGCUGCCUCUUCUUCCGACCACGAGUCCGGUUCCCGUGCCGCAGCCCGGAAAAGGCUGAGUGCCCCUCCACUGAAGGAGGAAGCACCCAGCAAGACGCCCAGCAAGGUCACUCCGCAGGUUCUGACCCGGUCCAACAGCCUUUCCGCACCACGUCCCACACGGGCCUCCAUGUUGAGGCGGGCCCGCCUCGGCGAGACCUCAGAUAACGAGGGAACUGAAACUGACCGGGCCUCCCAAAGUUCGGACCAUGGCAAAACUCCUGCGGAUAGCAAGAAACUGUCGCGGCUCGACAUCCUGGCCAUGCCACGGAAAAGGACCGGGUCCUUCACUGCCCCGAGCGACACGGAGUCCACCUCAGGCAGGACCGCUCCGUCCACCCGCACUUCCGAACCCGCCGGUGGCUCACGCAAGGCUGCCCCGGGAGAACCCAAACAGGGGACGACCAAGACAGCAUCAGCAACAGCGAAGCUCCCCUCCGCCCGCACCCGGUCCAGCACCGCCAAGCACACCAAUGCAGCAGGUGCGAAACCCCACAAACACCAGCAAGCAGGAGCCCGUUGGAGGCAGAAGGGCUCGGACUACUCGUCCACCUCUGAGGAGGAGCAGGAGGUGAGCUCGGGCAGCCAGAAGCACAAGCGAUCGCACGCCUCCGCCUCCACGCAGACCACGCAGGCCCUGAAGGUCACGCCCGUCCGCUCCAAGUCCAUCUCGCUGGAGCCCGAGGAGGAGGAGCAGAACGAGCAUUUCCAGAACUGGUCCACACACAGCGCUGAGAUAGCCAGGUUGAGUCAGGACCUGGCCAAAGAUCUGGCGAUCCUUGCCCGUGAGAUCCACGAUGUGGCGGGUGAUGGCGACUCCCAGAGCUCCGGCAUGGGCACAACCACCUCCCCCAGCUCCAUGCCAAACACGCCCGCCUCUAACAUCUCUGCCCGGGAGGAAAGGCCAUAUGCAUCAUUGCAGGGGGUCCUGUCAUCCCAGUUGGUACAGCACAUACCAGAGGCCAGUCUGAACUACCAGAAAGUUCCACCAGGUUCCCUCAGUCCCCUGGAGCAGGAUUCCAAUAUGAAUGAACAAGAAUCGAAGCGACGCCCCUGGAAUAGGGAAGAGGUCAUUCUGGACAAUCUCAUGCUGAACCCUGUCUCCCAGCUCUCCCAGGCCAUUCGAGAGAAUACAGAGCAGCUCACGGAGAAAAUGAAGGUCAUGUUCCGGAACAAGACAGAGGUGUGGGAGGAAAUUGAGGCAAAGAUUAAUGCUGAGAAUGAAGUCCCUAUCCUGAAAACAUCUAAUAAGGAAAUCUCUUCAAUCCUGCAAGAGUUGAGGAGAGUUCAGAGACAGUUGGAGGUUAUCAACACCAUUGUGGAGCCCAGUGGAAGUCCCAAGAUGGCGGCCACUGCCUCCCCUGCAGCGGUCACGCCAAGACACACCUCCAAAGCCAAGACUCCUUCACAGGCCCGGCCCUCUGGCGGCCGCUUCACUGGCCCCACCACACCUAACGCUAACGAAAGAACCAAGAGGGGCACACGUGGAUCAGAUGACCAGAAGUACUUGGUCUGAUGCAGUUUGUAUCAAGUCUAUGAGUCCUGAGGAAAGUUAGGGAGUAAUGCUGUAUUUAAGACAAAAAAAAAAUGCUGACAUGUUGCACAAGCUUUGAAGGCAAAACUGUAUAUGUACAAAACAGCUAGAGCUUGUUUGCUUUGCUUAAACAAGUGUAUCAAUGUCUACAUGCCUGUGUGAUUGGUUGGUGUCCCUUUGGUGAAGUGAGAGGAGGUUGGUCUUUAAAGGACCCAUGAAUCCCAUGGGAUCCCUGUUCCAUAAUGUGAGACCCAUUUUGUGCCACAUAUGUUGUGUCCUGUGCUAUGAUAGCCAUAGCAUAGAUUAUGUUGUAUCUAUUGACGUAAGAUGAGCAGAAGGUGGGGUGAGGGGCAGCAAUACUAUGGGCCAAAACAGUGUAGCAUACCAGAAUGAUCCAUGCAGGCUUCCUUUUAGUUUUCUUUUGUUCGAUUUAGCCAGGGUAUGUUCACUGACUUCUAUACUAAAGGAAAUAGUAAAUUAUAAUUGAUUGGUAUGGUGAUAAUGUUUUUUGAAUGUGGUUGUCAGGAAUUAUCUUAAAGAUCCCUAAAGCGUUUUUAAUGAAUGUUGUGAUGUAGAUUGUCAUGAUAGCGCUUGGAAAUAUGCCUUCCAGAACCAGAACAUUUUGUUUGGAGCAGUACAGUUUAGUGUAGAAAAGCCCUGAGCAAUUGGAGUUUUACAAAUCAUAUUGCAUUGGUUUGGAACAUGAAAAUAGUCACUGUGAACGCAUUGGCACAGACUUUGAUGGCUGUGUUUUGUUUCUCACGCAGAUUCUAGAAAAAAUGGUACAGAAUGGUAUAGAUCAGCAUAUGCUGUACAUACAUAACCAUGUAUGGAAUAAUUUCACAAAUCCAACUUGAGCAUUACAAUUACUUGAACAAUCAGGCAGUUCACUCCUUAACGAUCCUAUCUCUGAUGUUUACGUUAGUGUAAAUAUGGUGUGACCAAGAGACAACAGAGGACACUAUUAUGCAGUGUGUUGAGGUUCUGCUGUGUGACAGGUUGCUUACUGAUGUUUUGCCCAGGUUAGACUUGAAUGUGCAGUACUGUUUUGUGAUUUUGACAAUGAAUCGAGAGCGCAAACGGGUCUCCUUCUUCUUUCGCAUCAUUAGCCUGGCCUUUAGCACUAUCAUUCCUGAUUCAGAUUAUUAGCAUGUCAGCUAUAUCCAUAUACUGAAAUAUUGAGUCAUAUCAGGCUGUGCAGACUAAAUUUCGCAGGGGACCAUCAUGAAGCAUUUAUGAUCAUUUCACUACAAGUUGUCAUGAGAAUCCGUUUCCUUAGGAUAAUAUGGACAUCUGUGGCACAUGACUGAUUUGUUUUAAGGGGGCAUCAUUUAGUCCAAACGGCAACAGAUGAGAUCGGCCUUCUCAUGGUAAAGUUCUUCUCCUUAGCAUUGUCUCAUAUACUUGGCAAAAGAAACAAAGAUUUUAAUGAGAAUGUAUUGGGAUGUUUUAGGCCAAUAAUGUAUGGCUUCCCAGUAGUAAGACAACCAUUUAUGGCUUUCCAGUAGUAAAACAACCUUUACCAAACCAUAAUGUUGUAUAUUGAUUUCCUUUGCCACCUACUAAGCAAAAUAUUGUACUUGCAAAAAGGUAGAUGAAUACUCCAGGAACUAUGAAAGUAAUCACAUGCUCCUUAACAAGCAAGAACUGUGUGCUCCCGGUAAACGUCUAAACGAAAUCUAUUUCAUUUGAAUAUUUUACUUGUACUUGUGCUUUACUUGUACUUGUAUUUUACUCAUUUUGAUCUUUCUUCCUGCAGAUCUGGGUAUUGUAUUUUUAGUUGGCCUGAUUAUUUUCAUUGCACAGAUGUCUCCAUUCAAUGUGCUGUACAUGGGCAAUAGCUGCUUUAUGCAGACUGCAGGCCACUAAGAUGCAGUUCAGUUGCAGUAAUAUCAGCUGUUUAUAAUGCUUAUCACUCAGAGGCUUUUCAAAUAUCACAUGAUUGUUUUGUUUGUGAUUGAUAGCUGAGUGGUAUAAUGAUUGCCCAACACAGGCCAAAAAAUCAUGGCUAGUUCAUUUUCCAUAU